GUUGAAAUUAGAGCACGCAGGGAAUCAGAUGAAGUCGUUGGUAUUUUACCUUCAGGCGGAGCAUAAUCUCCAGACUGAAACGUUGGAGAGACUCCUGCCGGUGACAUCCUCUGGUGAAAGAUGAUUACUGCAGUAACAACAAAGAACAAAUGAACGCGUCCAAAAGAUGGUGUUCACCUCGUGGUUGAUGCUCCACCACUUUCAGGCUGCGUUCAGCACACCAGUGACUGCACUCGCCCGCGUGUGUGAACCGAAUAACCAGGAAACCACAGUGAUCUUGGCGUUAUGCCGCCUCUCCUCAGGAUUUGGGAGGAGGUCUGUUCUAAUUCUGGCCAAUCACAUCGACUGAUCUUUCCUUUUUUUUCUAUCCUGCUCAGUGACUUUGCCUGUCAGGCCCAUUUGUUAGAAUGAUUAUAUGGCUGUUAACAGCAUAGCAGCUUAAAAUAAAGUUAGUGCUGGGCUUCGCACAAAAUGGCGGCGGAAGAUCAGAAAAAAAUGUUUUGAUUGUAUUCACACACACACGUGGGUGUUUCUAUCCCUGCUUGCAUGACAAUCAGAGGACCAUGGGUGUCCUGGACAGAGCGUCUCCCUCUCUCUGCUCCCCUGGUUUAUUUUGAGGUGGUCUUAUCACAGCUGUUGUAUCUGUGGUGGCAGCCUGUCCAGAGACCCUCCACACUCUUCCUUUCCGCACCCUGGAACUAGUUCCCGCUCAGAAUAAUGGAGGCUUGUCCUGCACCCACGGGCCCCGAGGCGUCGCCAGCCGAGGCUCGGCACAUUGACCUGACAGAAGACCUGGCCCAGCAGCUGGAGGACAUCAUUAGCACCUACCAGGCCGACGAGAUUCCCGCUGAGCCAGGGGACACAGACGAGGUCACAGCUGUGAAAGAGCCAGCCAGCCGCAAGGACCAGAAACUGGAGAAGAAGAUGCUCAAAAGCUUAGGGAAGGAGGCCAUGCUGCUGAUGCAAAGUCUGAACAAACUCAACACUCCAGAGCAGAAACUGGAAGCCAUCAUCAAGAAGCACGCUGAGCUGCUGGAGGAGCACCGGAGUGACCAGAAGCAGUUAAAAGUUCUGCAGAAGAAGUUGCUCCAGGUGAUGAAGGAGAAGGACCAGCUGCAGGGUGAUCACAGCCGGGCCGUGCUGGCUCGCAGUAAACUGGAGAGUCUCUGCCGAGAGCUGCAGAGACACAACAAGACCUUAAAGGAAGAGACCCUGCAGAGGUGCAGAGAGGACGACCUGAAGAGGAAAGAGAUCACCACCCAUUUCCAGGGGACGCUGAGUGAGAUUCAGGCCCAAAUCGAGGAACACAGCAGCCGCAACACCGCGCUGUGCCAGGAGAACGGCGCUCUGGCAGAGAAACUGAAGGGGCUCAUUUCACAAUACGACCAGCGAGAGGCGAACCUGGAAAAGGUUUUCAAACACAGAGACCUGAAAGAAAAGCUGCUGGACACCAAACUCACGCAGGCCAACAUGAUACUGAAGGAGACGGAGGAGAAGCACAAGCUGGAAAAAGAGCUUCUGCUAAAACAGACGGCCGAAUAUAAAGCCAGAGUGAAGGUCAUGAGGGAGCAGGAAAACGAUAUGAGGAUCCAGCUCGAGAUGUACUCCAAGAAGUUUGACGAAUUCCAGGGCACGGUAUCAAAGAGUAACAGUGUCUACAGCGACUUCAAACAGGACAUGGACAAAAUGGCCAAGAAAAUGAAAAAGUUGGAUAAAGAGAACCAGUCAUGGAAGAGUCGCUUCGACAGCUGCAACAAGAGUCUCCUCGACAUGGUGUCAGAUAAAGCAAUCAAGGAAAAGGAGUUUGAGCUCGUCACCAUCAAGAACCAAAAGCUUGAGAAUCUGUGCAGGGCUUUGCAAGAGGAGAGGAAGACUCUUUCUGAGAAGGUCCAGGGAGCUGGAAGUCAACCCCACAACAGUGCCGAGCCAAAGGAGAAGGAGGGGCCAGAGGAGCCGGUGUCCCCCGAAGUCCCUGAAGACAAAGACCCCGUCCGGAAAACUGCUUCUCCUGUCUCUGCUGCCGCCGCCGAGACGCCGAUGACCAAGGAGCUGGCUCAACUCAAGGCUGAGCAGAGCCGCCUGAAGGAGAUUUCGGGCUCCUUCACGAUCUCUCAUGUUCCACCCACAGAUGCAGUGGUUCUCCAACCACAAGGACUCUCCGAGGGCGUCCAGGAGCCAGAGCAGAGCCACCGGGAGGAGAUCAACGGCGAACACCUCCAGGAGGAUGAGCAGGACGGAUGCCAAGAACAGAGAGAUUUGGAAAUGGAGUCAGUUGAUUAACGUGGGAAAGAAAUCUGAUUUGUGUGAGAUUCAUAGCAAUAAAAAGAAAAGUUGGCUGGC